AAUCUGCUUGUAACAACAGAUCUGUUACCCCAAAUAUCUCCAUGUACAGCUGACCUGCAUCAGGGGAAAGGAAGCCUACUGUUUCCCUUCGAUUCUCAAACCCAAAAACUGGAAGUUGAAGCAGAAUGGAAAUCGUGGAGAGGCAAGAAAUGAAGCGCCAGGCAGAACUCGAGGCAGAAAAGCAGGAAGCUCCAGAGGCUUGAUCCAGAGCUCAAGAAGCAGGAUCGAGUUAGAAGAAGAAAGGGGGCGAACCAGAUCGAGAAGUCAAGAACGCAGCUCGAGGGGGUUGGAAUACUCGCCCUACAAAUAAAGGGUAACCGAGCAGGGACUGGUGGACGGAGAAUCGAUAGCAGAGAGGUGAGGAAGGCGAAUAAAUAAUACGCUUUUCGCAGGAGAACGGAGAAUUUGAAUGGGGGAAGGAGGAUGAAUUUUUCUGACCAAAAUAAGAGGGAAACGGGAGUGAGAAGAAGCUUUCAAAAGAGGGGGAGAUAGGGUCUCAAGAGUGUAGCAACUAAAGGUAAGGGAGCUUCUGUUAUAGGGAACCAUUCUGAGGCGUUUGAGGGUUGAUUUGAGAGAGGAUAGAUAGCAGAGGGGAAAAGAGAGAGAAAGAUAAGAAAGGUUUCGGGAAGCUGGGAAAUUGAGUGCAGAGGGCUGGGGGUGGAGAAAGGAGAGUCCAAAAAGCCAGCCACGGCAGUAACGGAGUUCCAAUUCCGAGAAACCAAAGAAGUUAAAAGAGAGGGUUUCGCAGGCUGAAAGGCGCUGAUCAGGGCGGGGAAUGCACUAAAGGAAGCCAAAAAAACAAAGGAAGAGGUUCUCAGCUUCUUGGCUAACAGGGGGUUCUUUGAUGCUUUGAAACUUUCCGAAAAAUCGUUUCCAAGCAAUUGACAUGGAAGAGGGUGAUUCCGUUGUGAGGAGAUGGGAGGACCUUGACACUGAUAUCUUGGUGAAGAUAUUUCAGUCAUUUGACAUCUUUGAGCUAACCAAAGGCAUUGCUCAUGUUUGCAGUUCGUGGCGUUUGGCCUGUCGUGAUCCAAUACUUUGGAAAACGCUUGAUUUAUCAAUGUUGAAAUCUAAUUUCAUCAAAAUCCCUUUGGAGCCAUAUGUUUAUGUCGGUGGCCAAUCUGAUGAGAUAUUGACCCGGUUGUUGAAAAUAUCGUUGAGUCUCAGCCAUGGAAGCAUAUUAACCUUGAUUUUCCAUUUCAAUUUAUAUGUAAGCGAUGAGCAGUGUCCUCGGCUCAGACGCCUUGUUUUGCCAGCUUGGAACAGAAUAAAGAAGACUGGAAUAUGCAGGGCUGUUCGCAUGUGGCCGGAUCUCGAAUCCCUGACAAUGCCUAGCAUAGCAAACCCGCCAUACAUCAUGGAGGAAAUUGCCAAUAACUGCAAAAAUUUCAGUGUACUCAAGGUGAUGGGCCUAUUUGAUAAAUACUUUGCCACCACACUGACAGAAUAUCUUCCGAACUUAAAGGUUUUGAGCCUUCGAUGCUCGAUGCUGAAUAGGGACGCGUUGCUCAUAAUCUUGGAUGGCUUACCAAACCUUGAAGUGCUUAACAUAUCGCACUGCCUUCUGGUGGAGUCCCAACCGCCUCCUGCACAAAAGCGAGUUAUCAAGGAGAUUGAUAAGACUAUUCUAGAGAAGGCUUCUAGGUUACGCGAAUUCUUGACUUGUAUGGAAGACAAUUGCAUUAUGUGCCAAAGAACUAAAACCGACGAAGGACUGAUGAGGUGGUACAAGUACGAGGAAGGACUGUGGAAAGCAGAUGAGGCAAGCUGUCUGGCGCUCUGAGUAUUGGAAGUUUUGAGGGGGUGAGCUGCUCUCUUUAGUUAAUUACGUUGUAGAAUCUGGGAAUCACAAUUGAGAAUCCUGGUAGCUUAUUUUUCUUUGUUCUCCUCAUUUUCAGAAUUGAUGUAAGAAGCAGAAUAAAAAAACUUGGCAACUUAUAUAUAUAUAUAUAGACACACACACACACACACACACACACACACACACACGCACACACACACACAUAUAUAUAUAUAUAUAUACUCAUACACAUGUAUAAAAGACGUUCUUCUUCA